AUGCGGGCUGGUGAUGAUGAUGGAUUUCCAGAGGGAUAUGAGAAAUGGAUCAAGAUGGAAAGUGAGGUAAUGGAUGGACAGCAAAUGAUUUGUGUUGUUGGGAAAGAUCAAUGGCCUGAUUUGAGUCUUGGUCGUCGGUUCACCCGCCGGGGAAGUGAAAGUGUUACGGAGGAAACUCCAAUUCUUCGCGAGAUCGGGUGGGUAUUUGCUGAAGAGCAGUCGGUGGAGUGUUUGUUUAGUGUUUAUGCGGCAAAGCCUGGGACUACUGAUGAGGAUGUGGUUGAUUUUAAGGAUCUUGUUAUUGAGUUGGAAGUCUUAGAUUGA